CGGCGGGCGGCUGCAAGGAGCGGCCGGUGGCAGCGGCGGCGGCGGCGGGCGGCCGGUGGCGGCGGCGGGCGGCCAUGGCGGCGGUGGCGGAGGCCGGCGGUGACGACGCCCGCUGCGUGCGGCUGAGCGCCGAGCGGGCCCAGGCGCUGCUGGCCGACGUGGACACGCUGCUGUUCGACUGCGACGGCGUGCUGUGGCGCGGCGAGACGGCCGUGCCCGGCGCGCCCGAGGCCCUGUCGGCGCUGCGGGCCAGCGGCAAGCGCCUCGGCUUCAUCACCAACAACAGCAGCAAGACCCGCGAGGCCUACGCCGAGAAGCUGCGGCGCCUGGGCUUCGGCGGCCCGGCGGGGCCCGGCGCCGGCCUCGAGGUCUUCGGCACGGCCUACUGCACCGCGCUCUACCUGCGCCAGCGCCUGGCGGGCGCACCGGCCCCUAAGGCCUACGUGCUGGGCAGCGAGGCCCUGGCCGCCGAGCUGAAGGCCGUGGGCGUCUCCUGCGUGGGCGUGGGGCCCGAGCCGCUGCUGGGCGACAGCCCCGGGGCCUGGCUGGACGCGCCUCUCGAUCCGGAUGUGCGCGCGGUCGUGGUGGGCUUCGACCCGCACUUCAGCUACAUGAAGCUCACCAAGGCGGUGCGCUACCUGCAGCAGCCCGGCUGCCUGCUCGUAGGCACCAACAUGGACAACCGGCUCCCGCUCGAGAACGGCCGCUUCAUCGCGGGUACCGGCUGUCUGGUCCGAGCCGUGGAGAUGGCCGCCCAGCGCCAGGCCGACAUCAUAGGGAAACCCAGCCGCUUCAUCUUCGACUGCGUGUCCCAGGAGUACGGCAUCGACCCAGAGCGCACCGUCAUGGUGGGAGAUCGCCUGGACACAGACAUCCUCCUGGGCGUCACCUGUGGUCUGAAGACCAUCCUGACCCUCACCGGCGUUUCCACUCUAGGGGACGUGAAGAGUAAUCAGGAAAGUGACUGCAUGUCUAAGAAGAAAAUGGUUCCUGACUUCUAUGUUGACAGCAUAGCUGACCUUUUGCCCGCCCUUCAAGGUUAAAGACUUAGUGUCUUUAAUCUCCAGAAUAAAACAAAUUGAAAACCACUUACCCAAAUUAAUAGGUGGGGCUUAAGCAUCCGCUCAGCUAGGUGGCUUCAGAGAGUAUACUUGGAGUUAAGUAAAGGCACUAGUUGUUAACCUUGUAAGUAAACGUUUGGGGGGCGAUGUUGUUUACAGAUGCUUAUAUUUGAAGAUGCACUUUUAAACCUGGAGGGCGUUGUGGGGGUCCUGGGCAUCCGGUGCCAUUGACAAGGGCAGGCUUAAUCUGUCCAGGAUUCGGGUCACCUCAGGGUGGUUACCCAACCUGCUCAUGGGACUGAAGCAGGUCUAGGAUGUUCCAUGUUUUAUUGAAAAUUUUAUUCAGGGAUUGGGCCUCCUAUACAGGGUAAAGGGGAGGACGGUCCGGUUAUUUUGACUGUUGUGAGGAACUUGUACAGAGCGCCCCAGGGCCUGUCUGUGUGGUCGUCUGCGGAUGAUCCUGCUCCGGGAUCCCGGCUCCUCACCUGCAGGGUGGGAGUGGAGGACAGGGUAUGUCCCUGUCCCUGGGCCGCAGGGUGCUGACCUCACCACCUCACCACCACUGCCCCACGCUUCCUUAAAAACCACUCUGAUGUCACAAUCAAGUGUCUGUUCCGCUUCGGAUACCCAGGGCUGCCACACCUCAUGUGUGGUCACGGAGUUCUGGCAACUGCGUCCUGCUAAGCCUCAGUUUUUUCAAGUGUGCAUUUAAAUCCAGCUGACUUGAACUGAGCAAAGCGUUGGCUGAGCAGCCGAGAGGGUGUGGAUGCCUUUGCUGAACUCUGGGCAGCUGUGCAGAGAGCUCAGAGUAGUGUUGGUACCAAAAAUUAUUUUUUUACAGUUUUGAACAACUUUUGUCAAACGGUGGAAUUGAAUCUUAAGUGUGUUAAUUAAUAGCUGUGCUCUGUCUUGUAGGGAAAAAUCCCCUGGAGAAGUCUCCGUGCCCCGCAGCCAGCAGCACGGCUAAAGGCAUGUGCUGGCCAAGGAAUGCCUGUCGCCCUGGGCGCCCUGUGGGGGAGGGAAGGUGGGGAGGAAAGAGGUGUCCCCAAGAACAGGAAAUCCUUUUACGAGGCAUCCGAUGUCUUCCUGUCCUCCCGCACCCUGUCGGGGUGGGGGUGAGAUGCCAGUGGUCCACGAGGCCACUUAUGUCGGCUCUGGAGCCCCUCGUGGGAGGCCAGCGGAAGGACUGGCUGGGUCCACCUGCUAGCCAAGGGUUCUUGGCAGUGGGCCCUGGCCUUUUCUGCCUCUUCCCUAAGUUGCUGACCUGAUAAGCAGACUGUCCAGCUGUACUUGUAGGGCAGGGCCUGGGAAGCUGUUCCUUUUGGCCGACUCCUUCCUGGUGCCUCUCCCUGUAUUCCACUGGCAUUUGCCCCCAGUUUCUCUCCUAGCCCCAGAGCCGCUCCUUCACUGAAUCUCUUAAGUUCUCAUAGCAAUAAAGGGUGUCCCAAGCCUGCAGCUCUUCCCAGGGCCGGGGUGGGGUGUCUGGGGUUUGAACUCUGCGGCAGGGCAGCACGAGGGCGGCCAGCACCUGUGAGGUUGGUGGUGCUGACGUUGGCUCUGCGAGGUCGGCUCAAGGUGGGUCUGGAUAUUGAGCAGGCCUGUCAGGGCGUUGUCACCCACACCAGGAGCACGCGGCAGGUGCGGCAGCCAGCAACACUUCCGCCGGGCAGCGGCCCAGAAGCCCAAGUGCACCGCAUCUCUCUCCCUGUUGCACUGUGUGAACCCAAAUCUGUAUUAAACUCUCAAACCUGCGCUGA